AUGACCACCGAUCCUCCACCGAUCGAUCCUCCACCGAUAGAAACCACCACCGAUCCUCCACCGAUCGAAACCACCAUUGUUCGAAAGAAAGGUUCGAAACCACCACUGUCUCUCUGUCUUCUUGUGUUCUCCGUAACAGAGGAAGGAUCGAAACACACCACCGAUGGAAACCCACCACCGAGGCCGACGAUUCCUCUGGCCCUCGAUCCUUCUUUACCGGAGCAAUUGAAGCUGUUGAGUGACAGAGAAGAUAAUAGAGGACCACGGAGCAAUGAGGCAGAUCAGAGGAUAGUAGCUUGGAAGUGUCAGAAGCUGCUCCUGAUUGCAAGUCCAGGGUUAAAGCGUGUGAUGGUUAGGGUUAAAGCGUGUGAUGAAUGCGUCUGUCAACAAGAUUAUCCCCCUUCUGAACUCGGUUCAUCGCAGCUCCCUGUCUUUACUUCCCAAUGUAAUGAGACAUCAAGCUUCUGUGAAGACUCACCUACCCAGCGCAAAGAAAGAAAGAAGUGGACUCCCGCAGAUGAUCUAGUGCUCAUUAGCGCCUGGUUAAACACCAACAAGGAUCAUGUCGUCAGCAAUGAGCAGAAAGCAGGUGCUUUCUGGAGCCGCAUUGCAGCUUCACCAAAGGUGGAAAAGGGUGAUAAGCGAGAACCUCUUCGGUGUAAGCAGAGGUGGCAGAAGCUAAAAGAUCUUGUGUGCAAGUUAUGUGGAUCCUAUGCGGCUGCAACAAGACAGAAAACAAGUGGUCAGAGUGAGAGUGAUGUUGUGAAACUGGCACACGAGAUCUUUUUCAACGAUCACAAGCUUAAAUUUAACUGUCACCAUGCUUGGGAGGAACUCCGCUAUGACCAGAAAUGGUGUGAGCAUGCUAGUAGUAAGCUUGCUGGAAGCGCUAAGAAGAGAAAGUGUGAGGAUGGAGCGGAAACAGCAAGCUCUCAAGCAAUUAUCAAUCUAGAUGAGCAACCUACCAAACGUCCAGCAGGUGUCAAGGAUGCGAAAGCAGCUUCCGCAAAGAAACCAAUAGUAGAUAAGGAGGAUGCGUUAAAGUUUCAGGCCAUAUGA